AUGAGUGAUUGUGCAAUUUUAUCUGCUAGAAAUGAAGACGUAGAUAAUAUUAAUAGAGAAAUAACGGAUUUAUUAGAUGACGUAGAUCAGCAUAUAUAUACUGCUAUUGAUACUGUUAUAAACAAUAAUAAUAGAGAUUUCGAUGAUGUUAUUAUGCCUGAACAUUUAAAUGCUUUAAACCCACCAUGUUUACCACCUUACAAAUUACAUUUGAAAAAAAAUUGUAUCGUAAUGUUGAUAAGAAAUAUCAGCAUUAAUGAAGGUCUAUGCAAUGGUGAUAAAAAGGGCCAAGUAGUUUUCUUGAACAGAAUCACUUUAUACUGCGAAAACGAAUAUCCAUUCGCCUUUAAAAGAAGACAGUUUCCAGUUAAAUUAGCAUUUGCUAUGACUAUUAACAAAGCUCAAGGGCAAACGUUCAAAAAAGUUGUCAUUGAUUUACGAAAGGAUGUUUUUAGUCACGGGCAAUUUGUUAAGCAUGGUGGCGGCUUGGUCAUGGUAUGGGGAUGUUUUGCUGGUUCAAAUGUAGGCGAUAUCGUUAAAAUUGAUGGAAUUUUGAACAAAGAAGGUUACAAAAAAAUUCUCCAAUACCAUGCAGUAAAAUCAGGUUUGCGAUUAGUUGGACAACCUUUUGAAUUCCAACACGAUAACGACCCUAAGCAUACAUCAACGAUAUGCAAAAAUUAUUUAUCUAAUUUAGAAAAACAAAAGAAGCUAAAAGUUAUGCAGUGGCCACCUCAGUCGCCUGAUUUGAACCCCAUUGAAUUACUAUGGGAAGAACUCGAUCGAGCCGUGAGAAAAAAUAGUCCAAGUUCUGCCACUAAUUUAUGGGAAGUAUUGAAAAGAGAGUGGGUAAACAUCAAACAGGAGACUUUAGAUAAACUGGUUGCCAGAAUGCCAAGAAUCUGUAAAGCAGUGAUUAAGCACAAAGGAGGACAUUUUGAUGAAAAAAAAGUUUAA